CGAGUGGAAGGGGUGGCCCUGCCCAAUGGGCCUGGCCAGGGCCCUGCGCCGCCUUAGCGGCGCCCUGGAGUCAGGGGACCCCCAGGCAUGCGAUGAGGAGGAAGCUGGGCCAGGGCUGUGCCGCAACGGGUGGGCGCCUGCACCCUCGCCAGUGGGGCGGAGGCGCGGGCGCUUUGUCAAGAAGGAUGGCCACUGCAACGUGCGCUUCGUGAACCUGGGCGGCCAAGGUGCACGCUACCUCAGUGACCUGUUCACCACCUGCGUAGACGUGCGCUGGCGCUGGAUGUGCCUGUUCUUCUCCUGCUCGUUCCUUGCCUCCUGGCUGCUCUUUGGUUUGGCCUUCUGGCUCAUCGCCUCACUGCACGGUGACCUGGCCGCCCCACCGCCGCCCGCGCCCUGCUUCUCCCAGGUGGCUAGCUUCCUGGCCGCCUUCCUUUUCGCGCUGGAGACACAGACGUCCAUCGGCUACGGUGUCCGCAGCGUCACCGAGGAGUGCCCGGCUGCUGUGGCCGCAGUGGUGCUACAGUGCAUUGCGGGCUGUGUGCUCGAUGCCUUCGUCGUGGGCGCUGUCAUGGCCAAGAUGGCCAAGCCCAAGAAGCGCAACGAGACACUGGUUUUCAGCGAGAACGCGGUCGUGGCGCUGCGGGACCACCGCCUCUGCCUCAUGUGGCGCGUGGGCAACCUGCGCCGCAGCCACCUUGUAGAGGCCCACGUGCGGGCCCAGCUGCUGCAGCCUCGAGUGACCCCAGAGGGUGAGUACAUACCACUGGACCACCAGGACGUAGACGUGGGCUUUGAUGGUGGCACCGAUCGCAUCUUCCUUGUGUCUCCCAUCACCAUUGUGCAUGAAAUCGACUCUGCCAGUCCUCUGUAUGAACUAGGACGUGCUGAGCUGGCUCGGGCUGACUUUGAGCUAGUGGUCAUUCUGGAGGGUAUGGUUGAGGCUACGGCUAUGACCACCCAGUGUCGCUCCUCCUAUCUCCCUGGUGAGCUGCUCUGGGGCCAUCGGUUUGAACCAGUACUCUUCCAACGUGGCUCCCAGUAUGAGGUCGACUAUCGCCACUUCCAUCGCACCUAUGAGGUCCCAGGGACACCUGUCUGCAGUGCCAAGGAGCUGGAUGAACGGGCAGAACAGGCUUCCCACAGCCCCAAGUCUAGCUUUCCUGGCUCUCUGGCUGCGUUUUGUUAUGAGAAUGAACUUGCUCUGAGCUGCUGCCAGGAAGAAGAGGAGGAAGAGGCCAAUGAGGGGGAUGAGGCAGGGGCAGAAGAUGACGCUGCUAGCCCCCAAAUGCUCUCACCAACUCUGGCACUGACCCUGCCCCCAUGAUGUAAGGUGGUGCCCACCAUUUGUACCUUUCCCCAGCUGUAGCAAGAUGGAGAGACUAGGCCUACUCCUGAGACUGGGGAAGGUGUAUUCCACAACUGACAGUCCUGACGGAUAAAUGAUUAGCUGGUGAGGUUCUGCCUUUGCCUGAUGGACCCACCAGGGAAAUGCUGAACCCUGAAUCUUCUGCAUACUAUGCUCUUUCCUGAGGUCCACCGUUUUAUCUGCUCCAUUCCUCAAUCUCAUCAGAACUGAGGAAUCCAGAAUUCUGAAUCACCCAAAAGGCAGAGACUGUGGUUCUAGUUUCCUCUGUAUGGCUGGUUUGGGUGGUUGAGCAGGGUUGGGAAUCAAUGGUAUAGAUUACCUCCAUAGGAGGAAGUCAGUAAUGCUUGAGCAGCAACAGAGUUCAAGAGUUUAUUGGUGCGGAGUCAAGGGACUAUUGCUUCUAGACUUGUCAAUCAAGUGGUUAAAAAAAUAUUUUUUUACCACCUUGGCAGAAAAGUUAUUGAAUGCCCCAAGUACUCAAGACUAUCAUAAUUGACCAAUGAUAAGGAAUGUUAAUUACAAGGUAAGAAAAGAACGUGUGGUUCCAGAAAGCCCAGGAAGUUUAGAUUCAGUGACUCUAGAUGGACCAUGGACGCGAGUACUGGACCUAGAGAGUCAAACUACUCCAGAAACUAAAGAAUUGUGCUUUAGAAUGUACAAAGCAGUGAUGAGCCUAUGGGUCUAGGAGGAUUGAAGUAAGAAAAUAGGAGUUCUUGAUAUGAGACCAUUAGCUGUAGACUACCCACCCAAGAAGAUAAUCAAUGCUUCUAAAUGAUCCAUAGGUUUUCUCGUUUUUUUUUCUUCUUUUAAGUGCCAUUCCAGAAUAUCCAAAGGAAUCAGAAUUCUGUGGCUCUGUAUGGAUUGCAGAGUCAUGGAAGGAGUGGCAAUGCUCUAGCAUUGCUAGAUUUGCUAGUCUGAGAUUUGCUAGUUCCACUUUACCCAAUGGAGUUGAGAUGAUGUGGUUGUGUAAUGCCAAAAGGAAUCAAGUGGUGCAGUGGGUUAAAGCAGCACUGUGAAGCUAGCGAAGCUACUGCAACACAAGUUUGA